UGUUUUACCAAGAUACCCUCUUUCAUUUCUAUGAAAAAAGGGAACUUAAAUGACGAUUUUAAGUUUAUCAGAUUUGGAAAUCAUCAAUGUCAACCAAGCUACAUCAUAGUAGAGAAAAUUUUGGAAAUAGGGUCGGGAUCCUAAGUCACCAACUUUGUUCGUUUCCACUUUCCAGCAUGAAUUUUCUGCUAGUUGUGAUGAGGCUGAUGGCUAAUAAGAUAGGUUGGUAUCCUUACAGGGUUAGGUUAGGUUGGUUAGGUGGGUAAAUCUGUAGAUAUAUGGAUGAUGAGUUUUAUUCAAAUUGGGUGUCUGAUAUUACUAGUUUAACCUAAUAUGGGGAAUUGAAUAGCAGAAAAACUAGACAGCCUGCAACUCAUGUUUGAUCCUAUCCAUUCAUACAGGUUGUCUAGCAAAGGAGUUCCUAGCUUGAAACCAGAUGGGGACUUGCAAGGUUAAAGGGUUUUUUUCCCACGGAAACUAUAGUUACUGAUAAGACCACAAGCCAAAGGCAAACAAGUGAAACACCAGCCAGGCACGUACCAGCUACAAUAACAACACACAAGAAAACAGCAUCGUCCUGUUUUAUCCUCUUGCCUUUUCAGACCCCCCCCCCCCCUUUUUUUUACAAAGCCUACAUCUUUCUCUCUCUAGAAGAAAAAAAAAAAAAGGAAAAGAACUUGCUUUCCUUUCUCUAUCUACUCAAGGGAAAAACAUGGGAACUCCACGCACCCCCAUCAAAACCACCCACUCUCUCUUUCUUCUUCAAUGGCCCAGCUGGACCAAAAUUUAUGUACAAGGAAAACAAAAAAGAAAGGAAAGAAUAGAUAGAGAGAGAACGGUGAAAGCAAGAGAAGAUAUAGUUAUCUUCAGAUGUCCCCCAAUCACAAAACUCUCUCUGUUUACCGGAAAUACCCUUCUGAAAAUCCGCCCCAAAAAUCCCAUCUUCAUCUCUUUCUCAAUCCUCAAAACAAACAAUUGUUUUUUUUCCCCGAGUUAUUCGGGCUUCUUUGGGUUUUCAUUGUUUCGGUCAGAGUUUUCACAGGGUAAACAGGGAGACCAGAACCUUCCUCUAUAACUUUCCCUUGACUUAUCGAUAAAUACUCUACUUUCUCCCCCUUUGUCUCCCUCUUCCUCCAUAUUUCCUUGUUUUGGCCUUUUGGGUUUUUUUCUUUGUGACCUAAAAUAUGAAGAAGAUUAAAGGGGUUGCUGCUGCUGCAGCCGUCAUGGCUUAUUCUUCAUAUGAUAUGUAUGAUGACCAAAGAGCUACGUUCAGGUAUCCAAUUCAUAUGGAAGAUAUUGAGGACUUGCACAAGGAAACAGAGUUCCUGAGGAAGAAAUUGCAGAUGAUGAAAGAACAAAGAUUGACCCUGUUGGCAGAAGUCAAGUUUUUGAAAAGGAGGCACAAGUUCCUGAUGCAAAACCAAUCAAAACCCCCAGCAGAACGACAUUUUUUGCAACCACAGGAUAUGGUGAUUAGAAGCAAAUCAAAUAUGAAAGCAAAGAAAUCCACUGGAAAGGGUACUUCGUCGAACCGAGCUAUGGCUUUUCAUCUGAACCAAAAGGGAAAGACAAAUGGUGUAAAGGGAACCUGUUUCACUCAUCCUGCCCUUAUGUUGGACGUAAACCGGAAGCAGAAGAAAAUUUCCAGUGGAAAGGUGGAAGUUACUUUGCGAAGUUCUUUAUCGGUUCUCGACUUGAACCAGAGGGAUAGGCUUUAUGGUGGAAAAGAGGCCACUGCUCAAAGCAUAAAACCGAUUUUUGACCUAAACCAGAUUUCGAGAGAGGAAGAAGAACUAGAAGCUCUAACUAAUUCAGUGAGAAUUGAGGAAUUUAAAAGAAGUUCAACCAGAAUCGGAAGUGAUGAGCAGCACCAUGAUGUUAAAAUAUCAGCCUGCAGGAACACUGGAAAUGGGCCAAACAGAACAGGAAAAAGAAAGAUCUCAUGGCAAGAUCAGGUGGCAUUGAGGGCUUAACUCUCUUGCCCGUUAUAGAGGUGCUCACUGAUUAGUUUGAGGGAUUCGGAAUAAUAGUCAGUUUAGCUUGCCUCCUCCCUCCACGCCCCCCCCGUUUUUUCUUAAUUGCUCCAUGUUCUUUACUUCUGUCUUUUUAUCUCGUAUGUAAAGAAAAACAAUCUUAUUAUAGACUCGUUGUGAUCUUGUGAUCUUGUGAUCUUGAAAUUAUAUAAUAAUGGAAACAGCAACCUUAGUCGUCA